AUGCAGUCCAAGCUGGAUGAGUAUUGCUUCAUGCAUAAUACUAGCAAGCCGUGCAAGGACAGGAAGAAGUUACUCCCUACAGCAAUCCCUGAGCUGGCGCUACAUCAUCCAAAGAGGUAUGGUGCACUAAGCUUCAAGGUAUCAGUUAGUGAAGAUGAAUUACAGGAAGUUGAACAACUGUAUGCACCUCCUGAGCAUGAAGUCUUCAAGCUAGUUCCUACCUUCUUCAAGUGGGCAAUUGAGAGCUGCUAUUUUGAUAUGGGGAGUCCUACCAUCAUGCUACAAACCUUCUGGACUAUCUAUUGA